AUGGUGUCAGAAGUGGACGCUUAUCGACAAUAUGUAGUAAUUGGACACGACUUCUGGCUAUUGAAACACACGGACAGCGCGGACGAUACACUGAAGAGGGUUGCCAUCGAUGUGGAGAGUAGUGGACACAGCGAUUGGUUUGGAGCCGACUAUUCAAUGGCUAUCUGUCUGUUGUUUAAGGGACAGGAAAGCUCUGAAGCAAAGGGAGAUCACGGCAUUACUGGACUCAUGAAGACGGGCAGUAAAGACAUCGAUUGGGCUCUUCUUAACAAAAAUCUUACAAUUAACAAACGAUUGAACAAAACGACUGUUCCCUACGAUAUGACAGCGACUAUGGCUUGGGUUAUGAACUACGAGAAGACUAAACCCAAGUAUACACCCCUAAGACAUGUGUUUCUAUGGGACGGGUUUCAGACUACGGGCCGUUUCUUCGGUGACUACAAAAAGCCGGAGAACAGCGAAGACGGAGACACUCGGCAUCAAACGCUUUACAACCAAAUGCUUUCCAAACGCAAAGUGAUUGCAGUCUUAGGCCAGAGAGCCAUC